AUGCCCACUCAGCAACCCUCGCCCAUGCCCUCGCCCACGCCCACCGACUUUCCAGCAUCCCUCAAGCCACUCAUCCACCUUCCACCAAACAACAAACCAACCAAUGCUAUCGUCUUCCUUCCCGGCCUAGGAGACACGGCUGCCAAUUUUGCUUCAUUCUCGCGCGCUCUGAACCUCCCCGACGCACUGACGAUCACGCUGAACCCACCAUACCCGCUACCAUUCCCACUCGGGCCGGGAGAUCAGUGGUCCGAAGACCUCCACGUCGACACGAGCACCGGGAACCUGGACGCAGACUCCUCACCUCUGGGCAAAGCCGCAGAACUGGUCGCCAGGGAUGUGAUCCAGAAGGUACUUUUUGACAAGUUCGGUUUCCGGCCCGACCAUAUCCACCUGUUCGGGUUUGGGCAAGGUGGUUCGCUCGCUCUAUCGGUGCCGCUGCACCCAUCACUCUCGUCCUUGUCGUUGGGGGGUAUUGUGUCAAUGGGGGCAUCUUUGCCGCUAUCUACGCCCCUCCCGAGCACGAGUGGUUCCAAAAACAAAACACCGAUUCUGCUUCUAUCGGGCUCGAAGUCGCCGUUGGCCUCGGUGGACUCUAGCCCGCUCAAACGUAUCAGGUCGGUCUAUGAGUUUGUCACGUAUCAUCAGUGGAAGAAAGCGGAUGACUCGAUGCCUAAAACAAGAGACGAGGUUCUUCCCAUGAUGCAAUUCUGGGCGCAGACGCUGAAGAGCAGGCGUGGUGUGCCUGACGAUGCCGUCGAGAUUGGCUGA